AUGACUACGGAUACAGUCGAACCCACGAUACGUAAAUCCGAGCCGACAAAAUCUCAGAUAAUCGUACCUCAACGGCAGCCGGUAAAGCCGGAAGACAUUCACGAGCCCGAGACACAAGAGAAACACCAUGUUGUUCCUCCCUCUAAGAUCAAAAGCGAGUCAACUAGGGACUCUGCCGAAUUUCCCAUUGCAUCCCUGGGCCGGUCAAGCCGCAAUCUGCAGGUGGAUGAUUUCGAGCUGGUCAAGACACUGGGGACAGGUACCUUUGCGCGUGUCUGGCUUACACGUUUCAAGAAUGAACCCAAAAAUGACAAUGUCUACGCAUUGAAGGUGCUCCGCAAAGCAGAUGUCAUCAAACUCAAACAAGUUGAGCAUGUUCGUAAUGAACGAAAAACAUUAGCUGCAGUGGCUGGAUAUCCUUUUAUCACAACCUUGGUCACUACAUUUGCAGACGAUCAGUCUCUGUACAUGCUGUUGGAUUACUGCCCUGGCGGCGAGAUCUUCAGUUAUUUACGACGUGCACGGACGUUCAGUGAGGCGACGGCUAGAUUCUAUGCUGCAGAAAUCACGAUGACCAUAGAGUAUCUACACAAUGCGCAGGGCGUUGCAUACCGCGACCUAAAGCCCGAGAAUAUACUUCUCGAUACUAACGGGCACAUCAAGUUGGUUGACUUUGGAUUUGCAAAGCAAGUGGGUAACCGUGAAACGUAUACCCUUUGCGGAACUCCAGAUUAUUUAGCGCCAGAGGUCAUUCACAACAGUGGACAUGGCCUUGCUGUGGACUGGUGGGCGCUUGGGGUUUUGAUAUAUGAGUUCUUGGUCGGACAGCCUCCAUUCUGGGAUCAGAAUGUCAUGCGGCUGUACGAACAGAUUGUCCAAGGCCGUCUUCGCUUUCCACACGGUAUGAGCAUCGCCGCGAGAGAUAUCAUCUCACAACUGUGCAAAACCGAUGUGACGCAGCGCCUAGGCUAUAUCCAGGGAGGCUCAAAACGAGUCAAGUCUCAUCCUUGGUUUGAUGGCAUUAAAUGGGACGACCUCUACCAUCGGCGUGUGCAGGGACCCAUCCUCCCACGUGUGCAACAUGCAGCUGAUGCAGCUAACUUUGAGGAAUAUCCUCCUCCGCCAGAUCCUCACCAACUAGAAGUCUAUACUACUGACAUGAGGGAGAAGUACGAGCCACUUUUUGGUGAUUUUUGA